AUGGAAAGUACGGGACAGGACAGAGACAUAACCGUGGAAGGUCUUCAGCGGAUAGACGCCUCCAAUUUUUCGUGGCAGGACAAAUUUCUCCAUCCAGAAUUGCCAGGUGACCUCCCCUUAACAUACGAUGUGGAGGACUUAGAAGCAGGAGGUUACAUCUACAAAGAUGCUGUCACCAUCAGCCAAGCUGAAUACACCAGCCUGCGUCGCCGUCUGUAUCAGGCUGAACAGGCUAUUGAAAAAAUGAGGCAGACUGGCAAAAUCUUUCUGCAAGAAGGCGCUGUGUCGGCUGCAUCGGGCGCCACAUUUCCGACAGGGGGGCUCUGGGCAGACAAGGGCUCGGCAUAUUUUGAGUCGAACGCGCGUCACGGGAUCCACCAGGAGAUGCUGCAGGACGCGCUAAGGACCGAGGCAUACCGUAAAGCGCUGGAGGCGAACGCUGAAACGUCGGUCAAGGGUCGGGUGGUGCUGGACGUCGGCUGUGGCACGGCCAUCCUGUCCAUGUUUGCGGCGCGGUGCGGGGCCAGCAGGGUGAUCGGCAUUGACCAGUCGGACAUCGUCUUCCAGGCCAUGGACAUCAUCAGGGAGAACAAGCUGCAUGGCACGGUGACCCUGCUGAAAGGUCGCCUUGAGGACAUUGACCUGCCCAUGGAGCGAGUGGACGUCAUAAUUUCGCAGUGGAUGGGGUACUUUCUGCUGUUCGAAGGGAUGCUGGACACUGUACUGCACGCACGAGACCACCACUUAAAACCAGGAGGUACUCUCCUACCCAGCCGGUGCGACCUGUUCCUCGUGCCACUCUGCGACAAAGCAUUGCACCAGCGCCACAUAGGAUUCUGGGGGGACGUGUGUGGCUUCAAGAUGAGCUGCCUCAAAAAGGAAGUGGCCAGGGAGGCUCACAUCAUGCUGGUCGGCCCCGAGAGCGUCUGCUCCGUUCAGCCAGCCCUGGUCAAGAGCCUGGACCUCAACACAUGCAGCGUGGCAGACAUCAACUUCACAUCAGACUUUGAGUUCGAGGUGGCGCCAGUGGCCGACGAGAUCACCGCAUUUGCCGGCUACUUCGACAGUGCCUUCGAGUUGCCAGUGCCUGUCGUCCUGAGCACAUCUCCGCAGGCGGAGCCCACCCAUUGGAAGCAGACAGUGUUCCUGCUGGAGCAACCAAUUGCAGUUAAGCCAGGUGAGAAGAUUACGGGAAAGCUGGACUGCAGGAGAGAUGCGAGGAGACGGCGUGAAUUGCUCGUGGCCAUUACACUCCGAGACCAGACCUACCAGUACUGCAUCAGCUGA